CCUUUGUUCAGGCUGUUGAUGAGAAACAUGGAUGCAUGACCUCUGUCCUCAUGCAGGACCAUGGAGGGAAGUUGAGACCAGUAGCCUAUUAUUCUGGGAAACUGGAUCCAGUUGCGGCGGGACUGCCUGGCUGUCUUAGGGCAGUGGCUGCAGCUGAGCGGGCUGUUUUAGCAUCACGUGACAUCGUGGGCUAUUCUGAACUAACAGUGCUUGUGCCUCACAACGUUGCCAUCAUUCUUCUAGAACAAAAGACUUCACAUCUUUCUGCAGCGCGCUGGCUGAGGUACACUUCUAUCUUGCUGGACUUGCCAAACAUCACUGUGAAGAGGUGCAAUGUGUUAAAUCCAGCUACACUUCUUCCCACUCCUGAGGAUGGGGAUCCGCAUAACUGUGUGUCGGUGCUGGAGGAAGUUUGCACACCACGACCUGAUCUUUCUGAUGUUCCAGUGGAGAACCCAGAUUUGCAGUUGUUUGUUGAUGGUUCGGCUUACAGGGAUCGUAUCACUGGUGUGAAUCGGGUGGGAUUCGCUGUUUGCUCAUCGCAUGAGACCCUGUGUUCGGGUUCUCUUCCUAAACACUUUUCAGCGCAAGCAGCUGAACUGGUGGCUCUGACUGAGGCCUGCAAGUUGGCAAAGGGGAAGACGGUAAACAUCUUUACGGAUUCCCGGUACGGAUUUGGUGUGGUUCAUGACUUUGGUGCCCUAUGGAAACAUAGGAAGUUCUUGAAAUCGAAUGGAAAGCCAAUUCUGAACUCUAAGCAGGUUGCACACUUGUUAGAGGCCAUCUUGUUGCCCAAGGUCAUUUCAGUGUGCCGGUGCGCAGCUCACUCCUCGUCUGGUGACGUUAUCUCGCAGGGGAACAGGAGGGCCGAUGCAGCUGCGAAGCGUGCGGCUGGGAAAGCUCCUCUGUACACUGCCUUCUCCUCCUCUGAGGGCAAGGAGGAGGGUACACCCCCAUGUUCUUCUUCACUCACAGACUUGAGUGCGAUGCAGAGUUUUGCAUCUGCUGGUGAGAGGCGACUGUGGGCUUCUUCUGGAGCGAAGUGCAGAAAUAACAUUUGGUAUGGACCAAAUGGGUUACCAUGCUUGCCAAAACACUUCUUCCCACACUUUGCAAAGCUAACCCAUGGCUUAGACCAUUCCUCAUACAUCAGCAUGGCAGCUGCUUUAAAAUCUCAGUGGUUCACUAGAGGCUUCAGCUUUUAUGCAAAAAAGUUUUGUCAAUCAUGCAUGAUCUGCUGUUCAUUCAAUGCAGGGCGUGCCCCUCAGAGGACUCUAGGUGCACACCCUCCUCCUGGUAAGCCAUUUGACCACAUCAUGAUGGACUUCAUUGAACUGACUCCUUCUGAAGACAGUGAAGGAAGCAUUGCCUGUGGCAGCCGACAGAGCCCUCCAUUCGUUCCGUCCAGGAGACUGGGUUCUGAUUCGGGACUUCCGCCGGAAGCAUUGGAGAUCCAAAUGCUGGCUGGGUCCAUUCCAGGUGCUCCUCACGACGCACACGGCAGUGAAGGUCGAACAGCGAGUUCCUUGGAUCCACGCAUCACACUGCAGGAAAGUGCCACCGCCGCGGGAGACCGACCGAUCGCAGGACAAGAAAGAUCACACACUGGCAUCAUCAUCAUCCACCUGAGCCACCGAGCUGGCUGUGAGGACUGCGGCCCACCACAAGUUUGGUUCCUAGCAAGAAGGGGUGGGUGAAGAACACUGCUCCGACGGAAUCACAAUAACAUUCCGGGCAGUGAUUUGCGUUGCUUGUCUCCAGAGACUGAUUCAACAGAGUUUGUUUUGACACGGCUGAUCUGUGGAACACAGCGGUUCCAAGAACUAGAUUUGUUUGCUCAUUGCUUAUGCUCCCUAAAUAUCAGAGAACUGACUGAUUAAAAAAAAAAAAAAAAAAAAAA